AUGGCUACCUCAAACCCGUCGUACUCUGUAUAUGGAGGUGGGUUUGGACAGGAUCAGUCUUCGGUACAGGCUAUGCGCGGCCGCACACGAUUUGACAUUACAGUCCGACACCAGGAGAUAAAAGAGACAUAUUUCGGCGACCACUACCUGCCGCUACUCGAAGCGAUGUGGGCCAGGCUUCACGACCUCAGUGCCAGAGAUCACAUUGAUUAUAUCUGUGAGUAUUGCUUGCCUUUGAUGGAACAGCUCGCUCCACAGGUGUCAUUUAAAGGCCUUAAACUCGAGGACCUUUUACAUUCGCCACUUUAUGCCCUCGAAAUUGUCAAAACAGAUAUUCCGGGGGACACUCGCAUUGUAGGGGCAGAUAGAUGUACGUAUUCACCAGCGAACUUUAUAGCGCCUCUAGAGACAGUGCAUUUACCGCCAGGAUGUGAUGCCAUUCCUCGGUUUGCUGCGAGUCAGAUCAGCCUGGACAACCACGAUCCUUCCAGAAGUCUCCAAGGAGGACUCUUCGUGCCAGAUGGGCGUUACAUGCACUUUAAGCCACGGGAAGAUGGCCGCCAAGAACAAUUCGACCGCGAGCUUCGCAUCCUGUGUGACAUCAAAAGACAGCAGUUGGCCGGAAGCGAAAUCAGGCUGCCAGAUCUGCAGGGCAUCGUCGUGUCUGGAGAAGCUGAUGAAAAAUUUAUCGGCCUGCUAAUCGCUAUCAUCCCUGCUUCCUCAUUGGGCAUAGAUUUGUUGAGCGCGGGCUGCUGGACAAACAGCGACUUGCACAUGAAGUGGGAACAGCAGGUCACAACCACUGUAGAGGUGCUACAUGCUCAUGGAAUUGUUUGGGGCGACGUGAAUGCAGGCAACGUUGUCAUCGACCAAGCAUUUGAUGCAUGGGUCAUUGACUUUGGUGGUAGAAACAAUCCCGAGUUCGUGGACGACGACAAAGUGGAGACGAUAGAUGGUGAUUGGCAGGGUGUGAGAAGGCUGUUUCAGGUAUGGCUAGCAAAUCGUAGAGCAGGCGUUCCGCUAUGA